UAUAGGGCAUGAUUGAAGAUGUCCAUGACAUUCACCAACGAUGUAUGCUAUGGAAAUGACAACGAGUUGUUAGCUUUGCUGAAAGGAUAUUCUGCACUGAUUCCUCCACUUCACCUCAAAUUUCCUACUCAAUGUUCAUUUACUGAGGUACAUACUUUUCUUUUACACCAGGUUUUGCUCGGCCCACACUUGGAGCAGUAUCCACCUUCCGGGAGAUACCAGCAAUCAUUUUGGAAGUGGGCGAUUGAACACUUGGAACGAAUGGACCAAGACGAAGAGGUUAGCUACGCCACAGAGCCACACGAGAAGGCAACUCAUUCACAAUUGCACAUAAAGGACGGCGAGAUCGAUACACGAAUUUAUGAUCGUUAUUUGUCCCUUAUUUCGGGCUCGACCGAUCCUAGUGGUCCCCCUCCGGACUCGUACAUGACAUAUUACUGGAAGCCUUCAAGUUCACUUAGUUCUGCCGAUCGAAGCAGUCACGAGACCAUCACACUACUCGAGUCUCGUACCACCAUCGAGGGCGGAACGACUGGGCUUAGGACCUGGUGUGCCAGUUUCGUCCUUGGCAGUUAUCUCAUUGCGAAUGCCGAAACGAUUCGUGAUCAAACGGUCCUCGAGCUUGGUUGUGGGUCCGGUUUUCUUGGGAUUAUUGUGGCUACAAUACAACAGAAAUUUAAUGAGCGUCAUCAAUCACAUCAUCAGGCGUUGCCUGCAGUACUGUUGACCGAUGUGAAUGCUGGAGUGCUUUCAAGGUGUCGCGACAAUGUCCAACUUCGUUGCAAUCAGUCGUCAAAUCACCCAAAUAUCACCUUCUCCACUCUUGACUGGUUCGAUGCCCUUUCCCUGCCAUUCAGUGAGAACACGAUGACAGCAUUUCUAUCCAAAAUGAGCGCGGGCGUUGUGAUUGGUGCCGAUAUAGUAUUUGACCCGAUUCUGGUCCCACCUCUGGUCGCAACAUUGCGCAUUGCACUUUCCUUCAAAAAAACUCGAAUGGUAGUGGUGGCGCUAACAGUCAGAAAUGAGCAGACACUUGCGCAUUUUGUGACAGAGGCUGCAAAAGAACUUUGUGUGGAAGAAGUUCCGCACGCUUUUACCUCAGCUACAUACUUUGAUCUGGAUACUACUGGAGUGGAUGCUGGUCUUGAUGUGAAGAUAUUCAAAAUCACACUCCACAAUUCGGCGUCAUAAUUAAAUGCGCGUUGUAUUUCACAGUUGUUUCUACUCAAGGGUUACUCUCGGAUAACACUCAUUCGACCUUCACUCACUCGGCCAGUCACACGAUAUCACGGAGCAGUCUCCUAGGCCACCUAGUGAACUGACUGGUGACAGACCGACGGCUCCAUCACGUCUUAACCUUUAUCUCGCUCAUUUCUCGAUCAAUUUCGAUUGUUCAACUGCAUAGUAUUUUAAAAUCACUGAUUGUUGUAGAAACGUGCAACCAACUACCACUCGAAGUGAGCUCGGAACACCACGUGGAUAUACAUAGUUCUGCAAGUACCCACGUGGGUGGAAAAGUAGCUUUACCCCAAGUUACCUGUUUGCCAAUGAGACUUUGCACCUUUAUUCGUUUGGUUUUAUGUAUGACUUACACGUUGAGACCUCGAACAU